UACUUCACAUUGAUGGCAAAAUAAGAGAGACAUGUUGUGAGGUUUUGUUUGAGCAAGACAAUGAAGAAAUGUCUAUAGCUACAUUGAUACUAGAAUCAAUAUUAAAAUGCCCUUUAGACAUACGGAGGGAGUUGGCUGAAAAUAUUAUCUGUGUUGGAGGUACAUCACUACUGCCAGGAUUUCGACUCAGACUUAAAGCUGAGCUGUUAGAUUUACUUAACAAACCAACCUACAAAAACAGUUUACCUAUUCCAACUAUUAAAUUUCACAACCCGCCUUCUGUUGCCAACUAUACUGCCUGGCUCGGAGGAGCAAUAUUUGGCGCUUUGGAUGUACUUGUCCACAGAUCUGUUUCCAGGGAUUCAUUUCUGCAGCAUGGCAGGCUUCCAGACUGGUCGUCACUCGAUAAUAGCAUUCUUGAACAAGAUCAACAACCUAAAGAAAAGACUCCUAUUGCGCCAUUAGCAACAGUGAGCAGACAAUUCUCCAAAGGCAAAUAAUUUUUUUUUUUUUUUGCAAUCUGCUACGAAUGUAAAGCCAUUAAUUAAAGUUUAUUGUCGGC